UUUCCUUUUAAACAGGCAUGGAGAUGAAAGCUGACGAUAUUUCAGUUUCCCACACUAUGAGAGAACAGAAUCGUCUAGCACAGAAUAGAGCCGUAUUAAUAUUGGUUAUAAAAGGGGGAUUGAGUCUGGGUGUGAGAUUUUAAUCUCUUGAAAAGCGCUUUUUGUUUAAGAAGGGGCGGUGUUUUUCGUCUGCGCUCGUCCGGAGGAAAGAAAACGUUUCCAUUUGGGGGAGAGAGCUCAGGAUUCAUGCAAAGUCGGGAAAUCAGUCGACUGGAUGCGAGAAGCUGCUUUUACAAAAGGAGAAUUGAGCAUAGAUUGAAGUAUCCAAACUCGCAUUCCUGAGGAAAUUUAUCCAUUUUCCUCUUUAAUAUACCGGAGAUGUGGCGGCGUAUCCGGAGCUAUCCAUGAGCCCAGGCAGCGAGGGAGAAGGACCAGGAGGUCGGUUUACUGUUGACCGGCGGGAUGGAACAACAUGAGGCUUAUAGUGACUUUUAAAUAUCCCGACCCCCUUAAAGAAAAAUGUGACACAGAGGCACGAAACUCGUCGAACCCGAACCUGUGUCCACAACAUGGAUAAACUCACUGUGAUAUCGGCAUGUCUCUUCCUCGCUGCAGACAUUUUCGCCAUUGCCAGCAUCGCCAACUCGGACUGGAUCAACACUGGAGAAUCAGCUGGCUCUCAGACAAUGGGUCUAGUCCGGCAGUGCCAGACCAUCCACGGCCGAGAUCGGACCUGCAUCCCCCCACAGCUUCCCCGCGAGUGGAUCACCACACUCUUCUUCAUCAUCUUGGGGAUCAUCUCCCUCACUGUUACCUGUGGGCUGCUGGUGAUGUCACACUGGCAUGAAGAGGCUACUCGCUAUGCCCGAUGGAUCGCCUUUACAGGGAUGGUCCUGUUUUGCAUGGCUGCUCUUGUAUUCCCAAUGGGCUUCUACAUCAGUGAGGUUGGAGGGCAGCCAUAUAAGCUGCCCAACAGCACAAUGGUGGGCUCCUCCUAUGUGCUCUUCAUACUGUCCAUAUUCUUCACCAUUGUGGGGCUGCUGUUUGCCGGGAAGGUGUGUUUGCCAGGCUGAGAUAUACCCCCUGUUUUUGAAUACUUGGAAAAACACCAACAUGUGAGAGGAAUUUUUUUAGAACAGACUCCGCCAUGGCAGAAGUACAGCAGGACUGUUGGUGGACAGAUUGCAACUGCAUCUAAGACAGAGGGGUGUCAAGAAUAUCAAGUCUUUAAAUGGGCCUUAAGAAUUACCCAGCCAUAACUGCAAGAAUUAAGCCACAACUGGCUCUUCUCUUUCAAGUCAUCAUCCAUCAUCGAUCAGACUUACCUGGAAGAGCUAAAUACUGGCCAGUCAUCUCCAGUAUGACAGAGGGUCUCCCCUGACCUCUGUUACAUGGAACUUCCUGUAAUAUAUACAAUAAAGUUUAGUUUCUUGACACCUUCUGUUUAUUUAUUUGUCCUGCUUUGAUGUUUGUAAAUAUUCUUUCACGGACCUUCCCUACAAUGUGUGGUGGAUCACUUGGCCUUAAAGAUCUGUUUUCAGAUUGCUUGUUCAGUUUAAUGUCAUGUUAUCAGUUUCAGUUCAGUUGCAUGAAACUGUUUAGCUUAAAAGACUGGCGUGACAAGUGGAUCGUAGGGCUUUAAUCCAUGGAUGCAACCGAGGCAGGAGUCUCUAAGCUGGUGAGUGCUGGUUAACACUCAAGUAA